GCCGAAAUGACUCGCGAGGGCAGUAUGAGCAAGGAGGGUCUGGAGGAGAGCGGCGCAAUGAUUCGCGCAGUCGGAAUGAGAGAGGGGGAUAUGGUGUCUCAUCAGAACBAUAUCCAAAGUCGCCUGACCCCAACGCGGCAAGAAAAUCGAUGUCUAGGGGCGCAGACGACAGGGCGUCUACUCCCAGGAACUCAUGCGUCUAUUGUAGGGGAGAAGAUCAUAUCAAGAGGGAUUGCCCAGACCUUAAACGGGCAAUAGAAGAGGGACUUGUCAUGCUUGACGACCGCAAGUACGUCAAGUGGGCUGAUGAUCUCGGAGAUGUAUCGAUGUUCCCUUCUAUGAAGGAGAAUGUCGAAGCAAGAAGAAUAAAAACGAGUAAAGGAAUGGAGCCGGUCAGGGGCCAGAGCAUCAAGAUAACCUUUGAGGGGGAUAUGGCGACCACACCCAUUAGGGUGGCAGCCACCAAGUCGGCGAGAGGGUCUACAUCAAAGAAGACUGACACGGAUUACGUGAUGGCGGAGAAGGACGGGCAGCGGAUCGAUGGAGAGGAGGUUAUCCUUUCGCCGCGAAAGCGGGGAGUGAAGAAGUUCCUAAUGAAGAGCUCGCUGGACGAGAUUGACACGGUCGAGCCAUUGAGGCGGGCCCUUCGACAACCCAUGCAGUGCUCUAUUCUGGAGUACCUGGCGGCAUCGAAGCCGGCUCGUGAUGAGUUACAAAUGAUCACGCGAAAGACUCGCAUACCUCUAUCGGAGGAGGGUUACGCCCCUAAGGCGGAAGCUUCUACAGUAACAGUAACUGGAGUGACUGCCAGAGCGGAUCGCAUUGCGACAGUCCUUCUGGAUGGAAUGGAAGGUGUGCCUCCAGACAAGUUUUAUAUACUCGGUAGCGGGGCCGUGGAGACGAUUAUAAACGAGGAUGCGGUACUCGAUGUUGUGAUUGAUAACGGCAAUGAAGCUGUCAUCAUAGACGAGGACCUUGCGGUACAAGUUGAACUGGGCCUUGAUAGGUCAUACCUAUUCGAGAUAGAGACGGCUGAUGGGAGAAAGCAACAGAUCACUGGGGUUUGUCACAAGGCAGCCAUAGAGGUCCAAGGGGUGCGAGUGACCCUGCCUGUCUUUGCAGUCAAGAACUGCAGCUCUGACCUGGUCUUGGGUCGAACGUGGUUCAGCCACGUGCAUGCGGUGACGAUAGAGCGACCAGAUGGAACCCAAACAUUGUCCAUUAAGAAGCUUGACGGGACGCGGGUAAUGAUUGAGACAGUGGAGCCUCGGGACCCGAGGAACAGAGCAGCUCUCGCUGUUGGUGCAAGACCCAGUGAUCAGAUUAAGUCUUUGCCUAUCUCCAGCCGCGCGGUGCGAUUUCGUGAGAAGAAAUAUGGACCACUGCUCACAGAGGAAGAAGGUCGGAUGGUGGAGGUGGAAGACUUAGGGAGUCGGCUAAUUGUGGACGGUAACUCGUACCCAAAAGGAAGAGAUGAGGAAUUUGGCGGUGUGGUAUGAGUGUCGUUUUUAAGGGCACGGCCCCCUAUGGGGGGCAACCCAAGCGACACAAACGAGUAGCACAGAAAGUUAAGCCAGCGGCGGUGGGCCGCGAGCGAUCUGCACUAGAAGGGAUAUCGGAAGAAGAGAUCGCAAGAGAAAUCAAAGAAAGAAAGAAAAAGGAGCCGCAACGCCUAACGGAAGAGAGAAUAGCAGGGAUGGACAUCGGAGAUGGAAAUCUGACCCCACAGGAGCGAGGGCGUGUAAUAGAAAUUUUGAAGACAUGUGAUAAAACAAUAGCUUUCAG